CAUCGAUGUUGCAAUUCGAACUUGGACUUCAACGGUAUCUAUUUCUAUAACAAAAUAUAUCGAUUGUUGUUACGGAGACACGUUUACUAGUCCAGUGGCAAGGUCGAUAGGAGCUGGACAGCAGUUUAUAUUGCGAGUAGUUGUGCCCGCGCCUGACCAAUACUCGCGUCGUAUUCGUAGUAAGCCCGCGCAUGCGUGCUGCAUCCGAUAACUCGAUAGGUUCAUCAUGCAGAUACUAUAACACAUAAUUUACAUGCGUGUGCUUAUUAUGCCAGUUGACGUGAGCCUUUAACUGUGCCAGUGCGGUGAUUAUUUAAUUCAUGUUUACAUGAAUGAAGUGCCGGAUUAUUUUUUCGGAUUUUUUUAGCGUGGAAUGAAGAAAACAAGGUCACAUCAUGAAAUGGUGGUUCUUCUUGCUCUUCAUCUCUGCUGUCAAAGCUCAAUUUGAUACCCGGCGAUUUUUGGAUUACUGGACUGACUUAUUUCGCCCCCUACCUCGCAAUCCCAGAGAAGGUUUUGUUCCAGAUUACACUCCAAAAAAUCAAGAAGAAUUUGACUUUAUAAUUAUAGGAGCCGGAUCCGCAGGUUCUGUAGUAGCUAACCGAUUAACUGAAGUUCCACAAUGGAAAGUAUUGCUCAUAGAAGCAGGAGGAAACGAAAACUUCUUUUCAGACAUUCCCAUUUUUGCUCCAUUUCUUUCUCUCACUGGCAUGAAUUGGGGUUACAAUUCAAUGCCGGAACCCAGAGCAUGCAGAGAUCUAAGAGGAAAAGUAUGCUUUUUGCCGCGAGGCAGAGUGCUUGGGGGAAGCAGUGUACUAAACUUUUUAAUCUAUCAACGUGGACACCCGGAAGAUUACAAUGACUGGGCUAGAAUGGGCAACGAGGGUUGGAGUUACAAUGAAGUUCUUCCAUACUUCAAAAAGUCAGAAAACAUAGGUGUCAGAGAACUACGUAACUCUUCUUACCAUGGCGUCGGGGGAUAUUUAGAUAUAGAGUACUCGCCGUACCAUUCACCUCUUGAAAAGCCAUUUAAACAAGCUGGUGAAGAACUUGGAUACGAAUGGAGAGAUCCAAACGGAGAAAAUUUAAUUGGUUUCUCAAAACCGCAAGCAACCAUGCGAAAAGGUAGACGGUGCAGUUCAUCAAAAGCGUUCAUUGAACCAAUACGCUUCAGGCCUAAUUUAAAAGUUACGAAAUUUUCUACCGUAUCGAAAAUUAUAAUAGACUCCUACACUAAAACAGCUACCGGCGUUGAAUUUACAAAGCGUAAUAUGAGUAUACAGGUACGAGUUCGUCGAGAAGUCAUUUCUUCUGCAGGAACUAUCGGAUCAGCUCAACUUUUGAUGGUAUCUGGAAUAGGACCAGAGGAUCAUUUACUUGAAUUUGGGAUACCAGUGAUAGCUGACCUACCUGUCGGAUACAAUCUCCAAGACCACGUGACGUUUUCUGGCAACGCUUUUAUCGUCAACCAAACUGGGAUGACUAUGAAUGAUUUGGCUGCAGCAUCCCCCUUCGUAGCAGCAGCAUACAUGCAAGGACGAGGUCCACUUACCCUACCUGGAGGAGCGACUGGACUUGCCUUUGUGCAUACUAAGUAUUCAUACGAUGUAGAUCAGACCAGGCCUGAUAUAGAACUGGUCAUGGGAGCUGGAUCUUUAGCUGGGGAUGCAAUGGGAAUAUUGCGGUCUUUGCUGGGAGUGACGGACGAGUGGUACCGAAAGGUCUAUCAGACUUUACCUUUCGGGGCGAGGAUGCGCACAUUCUCCAUAAACCCCGUGCUAAUCCGACCAAACAGCGUUGGCAGAUUAAUGCUCCGAAGCCCUAACUUUACCGACCAUCCCAGAAUCCAUUUAAACUAUUUCGCUGAUCCGAACGAUUUGCGAACUAUGAUCGAAGGUGUUCGUAUGGUACAAAAAAUAAUUGGUACGAAAGCGUUCCAGCGUUAUAAUACUAAAUUACACACAACACCAUUUCCCGGCUGCGAGGCUUUGUUGUUCGACUCGGAUGAAUACUGGGAGUGUGCUAUUAUGCAGACUUCCAUCACAUUAGACCAUCAAGUAGGCACAUGCAAAAUGGCUCCAGCUGGUGAUCCUACGGGAGUUGUCUCACCAAGACUUAAAGUCCAUGGAAUUAAAGGAUUGAGAGUAGCUGACGCGUCCAUAAUCCCGCGGAUACCCGCAGCACACACACACGCCGCCGCUGUCAUGAUUGGAGAGAAGGCAGCUGACCUUAUAAAAGAGGAUUGGGGAAUAUCUACCCUUACAAACAAAUUAUAACACUAAGUAGUUAAUAGGUUUGAACUAUACAAUAUUAAA